UUUGAUGAGGAAAUUAAAGUUGGAACUUUACCAGAUGGCCUAAAGCAUUUAGCACUACCUCAGGAAUAUAACCAACCUAUACAUCCUGGAGUAUUGCCAAAUUCAUUGGUUCAUCUAGAUAUUGGUAGUUCGCAUAGCCAUCUCUUAGAGCCUGGUGUAUUUCCACAUGUACUGACCUAUUUAUCAAUA